AUGACGUCUUCGCCUUCGGGUAACACGCUGCUCCUCAAACGACAGCUCACCGAGCUUCGCAAAAGACCCGUCGACGGCUUUAGCGCAGGUCUCAAGGAUGAAACCAACCUUUUCGAAUGGGAGAUCAUGAUCAUCGGUCCCAACGACACACUCUACGAGGGCGGUUUCUUGAAAGCAGAAUUGAUAUUCCCACCAGAAUACCCGCUGCUCCCGCCCAAGAUGAAGUUUAUCACGCCCAUGUGGCAUCCCAACAUUUACGCCGACGGUACCGUCUGCAUCUCCAUCUUGCACGCUCCUGGCAAGGACGAGUGGGGAUACGAAGAUGCGAGCGAGCGCUGGCUGCCCGUGCACACCGUAGAAUCCAUCCUCAUCUCGGUCAUCAGCCUUCUCUCCGCCGACGUACCCAACACCGAUUCACCAGCAAACAUCGACGCCGCCAAACAGGUCAGGGAAGACAUUGCCGCAUACAAGAAGAAAGUAAGACGGCUCGUCAGACAGUCUGCGGAGGAAGCCUUCGAUUGA